GGAUUAUUCAACUGUCAAAUCAUAAUCAAAGUAAAGUUAAAAAGCUGUGUACACGCCUUGUGUUUUUGAAGUUAAUUCUAACAGUUUUACGACCGAGAAAAUAAUAAUAACAAUCGCUUUAAAGGGAAGUAAAAGAAUCUUAAACAAACAAUGGUGGAUUACAGCAAAUGGAAGGACAUUGAGAUUUCCGACGAUGAAGAUGAAACACAUCCAAAUAUUGACACGCCAUCACUGUUCCGAUGGCGGCAUCAAGCUCGUGUCGAAAGAAUGGAAGAGCGUAAACGAGAGAAAGAGGAAUUCGAGCAGAAGAAGUCUGAAACAUUUAGGAAAAUAAGCGAAACUAAACGGAAGAUUGCAGAGACUGAACCGUCUAGUCCAAACAUGGAAUCAUUGAAAAAAGCCCUCAGUGAUCUGGAGAAGACUGAGAAGGAGAUUCUUAAGAAAGAGGAAGAAAUAAGAAAGAAAGAGAGGCAAACUCCUUGGAAUGUGGAUACAAUAAGUGCUCCGGGAUUCACAAAAACUGUUAUAAACACAAAUCCGGGUAGGACUAAAGAUGAAAAUCUCACUGAAGAAGAAAAAGAGGCAAAGAUGAAGAAGUUCAUCAAAGAAAAUGAGAAAUUAUUAAAACAAUUUGGAAUGCUGAGGAAGUAUGAUGAUUCUAAGAAAUUCCUGUUAGACUACAACCAAUUAGUUUGUGAAGAAACUGCAAAUUACCUUGUUAUAUGGUGUAUCAAUUUAGAAAUGGAGGAGAAACACAAUCUGAUGGAGCAUGUAGCGCACCAGACCAUCUGCAUGCAGUAUAUACUAGAGCUCUCUAAGCAACUUGACAUAGACCCCAGGGCUUGUGUGAGCUCAUUCUUCUCCAAAAUACAAUUAGCCGAGAAGACAUACAAGGAUUCAUUUGAUGAUGAAUUGGAACAGUUCAAGUCUCGCAUCAAGAAGCGAGCUGAGGAGAAAAUACAGGAGGCAAUCAGGGAACAGGAGGAAGAGGAACGUAAAGCAAGACUGGGACCCGGGGGACUGGACCCUGUGGAAGUGUAUGCGGAACUACCUGAUGAGAUGAAGCAAUGCUUCGACGCGCAGGACGUGCCGAAGUUACAGGAGCUAAUCGCGAGGAUGCCGGAGUCUGAGGCAGUUUACUACAUGAAGAGGUGCGUGGACGCCGGCCUCUGGGUGCCGCAGAAGAAAGACGAGGAAGGAGAGGGGAGGAUGAAGGAGAAAGAAGAAGAAAAUGAAGAAACAAAUGCUACAGAUGAUGUAGACUGAGGUUAACUUUUAUUUUCUCUAACACCAGCUGUCUUAAGUGAAUAAUACAAUGCGACUUCAUAUCGUCAGUAUGUUUAAAACCUUUUUCCACUAAGCAUAUAGUGUGUGGUUUUAAUUUUAUAGAAGUCACAUUUCCUAAUAUAAUAGUUCUCCAAUGCCUUGACCCUGAACAUCGUACGAGUUGAUUGUCGUUUAGUGAGACGUUUUAGUCGCAUUGUAUUUUUCAUAUUGAAUAACUGGUUCAUGUAAAUACCAACAUUAUUUUUUCCGUUUAACCCAAUCAUAUUUGCCAGAUUAUAAAUUUGCAAUGAAUUUAUAAAACUUCUAUUAGGUAAUGAAAAAUCUGAAAUCGUACAAGAGAAAUUAUGAUUAAAAUUGUCGUCUAUCUAAUUAUGGUAAAAAUUACUACAAAUAAUAAAAUUCACUAUGUUUCACAUUUAUAAUUACCCAUCAAGGAAUUUAAAUUUCUUUUAUCGUAGAGAAAUUUGAUUUUAAAAUCGGUUUCAAACUUUACAACCAUACACCAUUGUUAUGACAUUUAUAAAAUCACUGACCUUUAUAAAUAGACAUGGUAUUUUGUGCCUAUUUGAUUUUCGCCAAUUAACAAUUCUAUUAUUCAGGUAAUAAUAGAGAUAGAUUUAACUGUUUUGGUAACAACAGUCGCUUUUAUGUCGGAACAACAAUGUUAUCCAAGUUUUCAAGUAAUCACCUAUCCAUUUAUGGAACUCAGUGAAAUUAUCAUUGAUAUUUGUUUAACUAAACAGACUGCAAUAUAUCAGUGUUGUAGCAGUGGGAUUUUAUAAGGAGAAUCAAAAGAAAUAGUUUUUUUUUAAUUUGUCGUAUCUAAAAGAAAUUAUUGUCUAUAAAGUGUUUGCAAACUUGCACUUCUUGCUUACAUUGGAAUAGUACAAUUAACACUAGUUAACGUGUCUUAAUACUAGUUUUUUUUUUUUUAUUUGUAAUAAUAAUUGCAUGAUUUUAAUACUUUAAAAAUUACAUAUACUUUAUGUUGGUUAUAAAUGUGUUUAAUCUAUGAAUAAGUCGCAAAAUCCGUUUGUUAAAAUAAUUUGAAUAUGGUGUCCGAUUUAAUGCAUUUUAUUUAUAACUGCAAAUAAUUUUCAAAUAGAUCUAAGCAUCGAUGUUGGUUUAUAUAAUGCAAAUCACUCAUGUUCAGAGAAUGGUUUGUAAUUCCUGUAACGCUAAUAAAUUCUCUUACAAGUA